AUGCUGAGGAGAAGCUCCGUUGUGAGGUGGCCACCUAUGCCUGGAUACAAGCUCAUUGCCCGUCAAUUCCGAUUCCGCGCCUCUGGGGUUUUUGCUUUCCAGUUCACAUCCCUCUUCCGAGCACCCCUUCUUUCGCGGCUGAGCUGGUACAUGCGUUGGUCAAUACGUUGGAUUCUCGGCUGGCCUCCUAUUUCCAGCUAUGUCGUUCAUCCGCACCGCCAGAAACUCACGUCGGGAUACAUCGUAAUGGACUACGUGGAGAAUUGGUGCAUGCUGUCUGCUAGUUGGGACAUGGUACACGACGAUGUCAGCAAACGACUGACCCUUUACAGAGACAUAUCUCGGUUUAUGCUAUCACUGGCGCAGGUUCAAUUUCCUCGGAUUGGCUCCUUGACAAUGGAUAACUAUGGGGUAGUCUCUUUGGCAAAUCGACCUCUGGGACUUCACCUCCAUCAGCUUGAAAACGACGAGAUAUCAACGGAAAUCCCACGAAAUCUGACCUACGCCACCACCGACACGUACUUGCUGGAUAGGCUGUCAUGUCAUGAUAAUCGGAUUCGCUACCAACCGAAUUCGAUUUUCAAUCAAUCUGACGGAGAGUCGCAGAUCUCUACCCUGACUAUCAUGCGAGCUCUCAUGCCACACUUCACGCAAAAGGAAGGGAGGCAUGGCCCUUUUAUUCUCAUGCUCACGGAUCUUCACCCGAGUAAUAUAUUUGUGGACGGAGAUGGCCAUGUUACGUGCGUCAUCGACCUUGAGUGGGCAUGCACCUUGCCAGUAGAGAUGCUUCAGCCCCCUUACUGGUUAACUAACAGAGCUGUCGAUCAAAUAACGGGUGACAGCUUAGUCGACUACAGAGAACGACACAAUGAGUUUAUAUCUGCGUUCCAGGCUGAAGAGGAGGCUUGUGGAAGCAUCACGUCCUACGCUGAGAUGAUGAGAAAGAGUUGGGAUCUCGGAAGCUUCUGGUACUUCAACGCCAUCGAAAGCUUGAGUGGCUUCUAUAAUUUAUUCCUGCAACACAUUCAGCCUAGAUACGGCCCAGAAGCUGUGAAGGGCUGGAAAGAUUUUGAGCGAUCAGUAACGCCGUACUGGUCCGCUGGGACGACGAGGUUCAUCGAGCGUAAGGUCCAUGAGCGAGAACAAUAUUUGCAGCGAUUGAGGGAAGUCUUUCAGCGAGCGAGUGAGGGUAACGUAUAGAGUUUGCGAGGUUUAGGCAAUGUCGUCCCGGCUUUGCAAACCGGAGAUCCCCAAGUACGAUGACAAGGAAGAUGCGGCGGCGGACAUAGAUGUCGAGAUGUCUGAUUCCGACACUACGGGAGAAGACGGACCUGCCAAUCGUCAGCCCCGAGGGCAGACGCUGAGGCAAGCGGCAUGGAGGCGACGCCCUCGCCUGUUCAAACAGGAAGACCCAUGAUUUGCGAAGAAACCCUUCGUUGUUCUCAGAGCGGAACCAUGUUUAACAAUCCUCCUUUGGUUAGAACAAUCUGAGUUGUGGUCUGACGUAUAGGAAGCUGUAAUCGUAGAUACAGAUGAACUGACGCUUUCAUUUAC